GCCGCCGCUCCCGCCCCUGCCGCCGCCUCUCCUGCCCGUCCGGCGGCUGAGGCGCACUCGGGACCCGGCGGCGGGCAGAGCGCGAGGCAGCGGGCGAGCCCGCGGGACCCCAGCGGACGACGCUCCUUCCUCCUCCUACCCCCCCUCCGCCCCGGCUCCAUUAGUGGCUCCAGCGCCCCGCAGGCGGCGCGUCCCGCCGGAGGGGGGAGGAGCGCGCGCCGCUGGCGGGGAGCGGAGCGGAGCCCGUGUGCACGGCGGAAAGGCAGCGGCGGGGGGCAUGGGGCACCCACGGCGCCAGCAGCCGGAGCGCGGCCAGCAGCAGUCGUAGCAUCAGAUAUCUCCAUUUUACUGAUAUCAGAAAAAAAUACUCAAUUUGGCAUCCUUUGGGAAUCCUUCUAGCCAAAGAUAAAAGAAAUUUCUCUGGAUUAACACUGAAUGGAAUGUGUGUGAACUGAAGGAAAUGUUUUAAGAUUGUUCUCCGGACAGAAGUUGUACAAAAAUGGUAUACUGAAGUUUCUGCUUGCACUUCUGGGAAGACUGUAUCUGUAUUUUGUAUUGCAGUUUAUUGGCCGAUAAAUGACAAUGUAAUAACAGAAGUAACAGUAAAUUUAUGCAAUAGUAACAGUUUCCCUUGCACUGACUGGACAUGAGUGAUCAAAGGUCUUUGCAAGAAGAUAAGCACAAAGUUAGCAGAACUUCCUCAAAGUUCAGGGACUCUUCAAGAACCAUGCAAUCUGAUGAUUAUUUUGCUAGAAAACUUAAAGCCUUGAAUGGUAGCAUGGGUCCUCCUGUUUCUUCAAAUCCAUCUAGCAAAAGUGAAAAUAGUCAAACAAAUGGUACACCAGCUGUGCCUAAAAUGGGUGUUCGAGCAAGGGUAUCUGAAUGGCCUCCAAAAAAGGAUUGCUCUAAAGAGCUGAGUAAAGCUGCUUGGGAAAACAGACCUCCAACAAGUUACGAAGGUGUUGGCUCAGUACUUCCAAAUGGACAAAAUGACCAAAGUGAUGGACAGCAAGAAGAGCUAGAAUUGGAAUUUACUGAGGGAAAAUAUUCAAUUGGAGAUCUUUUUGUUCAUUCACCUCAAAGAGGACUUCAUCCCAUAAGGCAAAGAAGCAACAGUGAUGUGACAAUAAGUGACAUUGAUGCUGAAGAUGUGUUAGACCAGAAUGCUGUUAACCCAAAUACUGGAGCAGCUCUUCAUAGAGAAUAUGGCAGUACCUCUUCGAUUGACAGACAGGGUUUGUCUGGAGAAAAUUUUUUUGCAAUGCUGAGAGGAUACCGAGUGGAGAAUUUUGAACAUAAAACCCUUGCUCCAUUUGGAUUUCCUGAGUUUUUCCACUGUGAUCCUACAGUUUCUCCAAGUCUCCAUGCUGCUGCACAGAUUUCCAGGGGAGAAUUUGUCAGGAUUUCUGGCUUGGAUUAUAUGGAUAGUGCCCUACUUAUUGGUCGAGACAGGGAGAAAUCUUUCAAGAGGAGGUUAAAAUCAGAAGCCGUAGAAACAUCUCUAUUUAGGAAAUUGCGAACAGUUAAAAGCGAGCAUGAAACUUUUAAGUUUUCAUCUGAUCUGGAUGACAGACUUGACAGAAGUAUUCGUUCUUGGAACUGCCAGAAAUGUUUUGCACAUUAUGAUGUUCAGAGUGUUUUGUUUAAUAUAAAUGAAGCAAUGGCUACCAGAGUAAAUGUAGGAAAAAGAAAAAAUAUAACCACUGGGGCUUCAGCUGCAUCACAAACUCAGAUGCCAGCAGGCCAAACGGGAAACUGUGAAUCUCCCUUGGGAAGCAAAGAGGACCUCAAUUCAAAAGAGAAUUUAGAUGCUGAUGAGGGUGAUGGGAAAAGCAAUGAUUUAGUAUUGAGUUGCCCAUACUUCAGGAACGAAACUGGUGGGGAAGGAGACAGACGGAUUGCACUUUCUAGGGCAAAUUCAGCAUCUUUUUCUUCAGGUGAAAGUUGUUCUUUUGAGUCUUCUCUGAGUUCCCAUUGCACAAAUGCUGGUGUUUCAGUACUGGAAGUACCAAGAGAAAACCAGUCCAUUCACAGAGAAAAAGUGAAGCGUUACAUCAUAGAACACAUUGAUCUUGGAGCAUAUUAUUACCGCAAGUUCUUCUAUGGAAAAGAUCAUCAGAACUACUUUGGAAUAGAUGAAAAUCUUGGACCUGUAGCAGUCAGUAUCCGAAGGGAGAAGGUUGAAGAUGCCAAGGAGAAAGAAGGAUCUCAGUUCAACUAUCGCAUAGUUUUCAGGACAAGUGAGCUUACUACACUCAGAGGAGCAAUUUUAGAAGAUGCUAUACCAUCUACUGCUCGGCAUGGCACAGCAAGAGGUUUGCCACUCAAAGAGGUACUAGAGUAUGUAAUACCAGAGCUGAGCAUUCAGUGCCUGAGGCAGGCAUCCAACUCCCCCAAAGUACCUGAACAGCUGCUUAAACUGGAUGAACAAGGGCUGAGUUUUCAACAUAAGAUUGGUAUCUUGUACUGCAAAGCAGGCCAAAGCACGGAGGAAGAAAUGUAUAACAAUGAGAUGGCAGGACCAGCUUUCGAAGAGUUCCUUGAUCUGCUGGGCCAGAGAGUACGACUAAAAGGAUUUAGUAAAUAUAGGGCUCAGCUAGAUAAUAAAACUGAUUCAACAGGAACACAUUCCCUCUAUACUACCUAUAAAGAUUAUGAGUUAAUGUUUCAUGUAUCAACAAUGCUUCCAUACAUGCCCAGUAACAGGCAACAGCUGCUAAGGAAAAGGCAUAUAGGAAAUGACAUAGUUACCAUUGUCUUCCAAGAGCCAGGAGCACUUCCUUUUACUCCAAAAAAUAUUCGUUCCCACUUUCAACAUGUAUUUGUCAUAGUCAAAGUGCAUAAUCCUUGCACUGAAAAUGUGUGCUAUAGUGUUGGUGUUUCACGAUCAAAAGAUGUACCUCCAUUCGGUCCACCCAUUCCCAAAGGAGUAACUUUCCCCAAAUCAGCAGUCUUUAGGGACUUCCUUUUGGCCAAAGUUAUUAAUGCUGAAAAUGCAGCACAUAAGUCUGAAAAAUUUCGAGCCAUGGCCACAAGGACACGUCAAGAAUACUUGAAAGAUCUGGCAGAAAAUUUUGUUACCACAGCCACAGUGGAUACUUCAGCAAAGUUUAGCUUUAUUACUUUAGGGGCAAAAAAAAAGGAAAAAGUGAAACCAAGGAAAGAUGCACAUCUGUUCAGUGUUGGAGCAAUUACGUGGAAUGUGAUUGCACGAGAUUUUGGGCAGUCUGCUGACAUUGAGUGUCUCCUUGGAAUCUCCAAUGAGUUUAUCAUGUUGAUUGAAAAGGAAUCAAGAAAUGUCGUGUUUAACUGCUCCUGCAGAGAUGUUAUUGGAUGGACAUCUGGAUUAAUGAGCAUCAAAAUAUUUUAUGAAAGAGGAGAAUGUAUUCUGCUGUCUGCAGCAGAUAAUUGUACUGAAGACAUCAGAGAAAUUGUUCAAAGACUGGAGAUAGUGACCAGAGGAUGUGAAACCACGGAAAUGACCCUCCGGAGGAAUGGGUUGGGUCAACUUGGAUUCCAUGUGAACUUUGAAGGAAUAGUGGCAGAUGUGGAGCCCUUUGGUUUUGCAUGGAAGGCAGGCCUACGGCAAGGGAGCCGUUUGGUUGAGAUCUGUAAAGUGGCUGUGGCAACUUUGACUCAUGAACAAAUGAUUGACCUUUUACGUACAUCUGUGACAGUAAAAGUGGUGAUUAUUCAACCACAUGAGGAUGGAGCACCUAGAAGGGGUUGUUCAGAACUUUGUCGUAUCCCCAUGGUGGAAUACAAACUUGACAGUGAAGGCACCCCAUGUGAGUAUAAAACCCCUUUCAGAAGAAAUACCACUUGGCAUCGGGUGCCGACUCCCGCUGGGCAGCCUCUCUCUCGUGCCUCUCCAAUCCUAGGAACAUCUGACAGACUGCAGUGCCAGCAGCUUCUCCAGCAGGCUCAGACUGCCAUUCCUCGCAGCACUUCCUUUGAUAGAAAACUGCCAGAUGGUGCAAGAAGUUCUCCAAGCAACCAGUCCUCCUCCAGUGACCCAGGACCCAGCGGGAGCAGCCAGUGGAGACAGCAAGUGGGAUAUGAUGGGUGCCAGUCCCCUUUGCUCCAUGAACACCACCAAGGUUCGGGCUCACUGGAGUGUGAAGGAGGCAGAGAACGAGAGGAAACUUUGGAAGGAACUAGACAUUCUGAAACCAAGUGGCACACACCAUCGACCAAAGUCCUGAGCUCCUACAAAGACCGGGCUUUACAGAAGGAAGGCAGUGGCAAGGAGUCACCAAACAAACUUUCACAUAUUGGAGACAAAAGCUGUUCAAGCCACUCAAGCAGCAACACUCUAUCCAGUAAUACAUCCAGCAACAGUGAUGAAAAACACUUCGGUUCUGGAGACCUGAUGGAUCCUGAGCUGCUUGGAUUAACAUAUAUAAAGGGGGCUUCUACUGAUAGUGGAAUUGAUACAGCUCCCUGCAUGCCUGCUCCUCUCCUGGCCCCUUUGCACCUCACUGGCAGCAGGUCUGGAGUACAUUGUCGUACUGAGCAGUGGACUGAAUCUUCUGAAACUCCUGGGCCAGAUGAUGAUCCAGCUAAAAUAUAUGCUGUUCAUAGCUAUGCCUCUGCUAUUUCUGCCAGUCAUACAGCUGAAGGCAGUAUGGGAGACCUAAGUGAAAUCUCCUCUCAUUCCAGUGGGUCACAUCACUCGGGAAGCCCAUCAACACAUUGCUCCAAAAAGAGUGGCUCCUUGGAUACCUCCAAAGUCUAUAUAGUGUCACAGAAUAGUAGUCAACAGAUUUCUGGGUCAGCUUCAAAACCGUACCACAGACAAGGAGCAGUGAGUAAAUAUGUAAUUGGAUGGAAAAAAUCAGAAGGAAGUCCUACACCUGAAGAGUCUGAAGUUUCUGAAUGCCAUGAAGUAUAUGAUGAUAUUGACACUGUGUCUGCAUUGAGUCCACUCCAAACUUCGGUCCGGAAUGCCAUUGUUGAGAGCCAGCAAGUCUUGUCCAAAGAAGAUUUUCUGAAGUUGAUGCUACCAGACAGCCUCUCUAUGGAGGAGGGGAGAAGAAAGUUUUCAUUUUAUGGAAACCUUUCUCCACGGAGGACACUUUACCGUACCCUGUCUGAUGAGAGUAUAUGUAGCAAUCGAAGAGGAUCAUCAUACGCAAGCUCUCGAAGCUCAAUGCUAGAUCAGGCCUUACCAAAUGAUAUCUUGUUCAGCUCUACUCCACCAUAUCACAGCACAUUGCCUCCCAGAAUGAGCCUGACUCCUGGAAUGGGAAAUCUGAGAAAUGAAUUCUGGUUCUCAGAUGGGUCCUUAUCUGAUAAAGGCAAAUUCAAUGAUCCUGGCCUGAUGCCCCUGCCAGACACUGCCACAGGGCUAGACUGGUCCCACCUGGUAGAUGCUGCACGAGCGUUUGAAGAUCAGAGAGUAGCAUCUUUUUGCACCUUGACUGAUGUGCAGCAAGCUCAGGGCUUGGAAGGAACACAAGAGUUACCUUUGGAUGAGAGUCCCACAGAUGGAAAAGAUUUCCUGGAGGCUACUGGGGAACAUGCACCGAGUACUCUGACUGGGAAAGUAAAUCAACUAGAAGUCAUCCUCCGGCAACUACAAACUGAUCUGAGAAAGGAAAAACAGGACAAGGCAGUUCUCCAAGCAGAGGUACAGCAUCUGAGACAAGAUAACAUGAGACUUCAGGAGGAGUCUCAAACAGCAGCUGCUCAACUGAGGAAAUUUACAGAAUGGUUUUUCAAUACGAUAGACAAAAAAUCUUAAUGACUGGGCUCCUGGAAAAUACUUAUUUGAACAAUGUAACAACUGUAUUUUUUGAAUUAGCGGAGUAAUAAUUUCACUGUGUUCACAAUCCAUUUUAGGUGUUGCCGCUACAUUCUCUGUCCAGCUUUAUUUGUCUGAAAAGGAGAGAGAACUGUGGUAAUUUGUCUUUAAACUCAUAUGAAGAAAGCAGAGAAUAGCAGAUAUUUGUUUGUGUGCAGAUGAAUGUAAAAAAUCCUUAGUGUCAUUUUAGACAUUUUUAGAAGAUGCUCUGGCUGGGGCUUGCCUGAAGAGGAAUAUCUGGGGUUUUAGUUCCUGCAUUUCAGGUGCGCUGGUGAAGAUGUUAAAGCAAUUUACAUUAGCUUGGGCUUCAGUAUUGUAAGAUAAAAAGAAUAACCAGACAUAUACUUUAAUGUUUAAAAGGUGCUCUAUUUUUUUGGAUGUACAGUAGUUUUAUUUCCACAGUCCACAUUGUCAUAGCAAUAAGAAUGGAGGUAUAGUGAAUAGUCACAAUGCUGUGUUUAUAAAAUGUUAGCACUGAUGUGUUUAACACUAGUUUGGAUGCAGAUACAUUAGAGAUUAUUUAUUUGCAGGAACAAAUGGUGCCUGAAUAUAAACAGUGUUCUGAUUUUCUAAAAAUACACAUGCCUUGUAAAUGGCUCACUGGGGUUAGCCCACUCCCAACUUCAGUAACUUUUGUAUAGUUGAUGUUCAGCUAAACAGUUAUACUGCUUAACUAUUGAAAUCAUGUAUGGUGUGAGCCAGCCAAUCAAUUGUACAAUGCCAAAUUUCUUUAUCUUUGUACAGAAGCUUUGAUCAAGUGUCUUGUAUUUAACACCUUUAUUUAAGCUUAUUUAACCUUAAAUUGUUGUUUUUAUAAAGUUUGUUUUAUCUGCACUAUGGUGAGGUCAGUUGGUUGCAAGUGAUAGUAUUUCUAGCUUGCAAAGACUGUACUGAGGGGUUCUAGAAAAUUCUAACAAUUGGAUGCUGCUAGUACACAAUUGAUUUGUUUGUAUGCUUUAACAUUUUUAACUGUUUAAUUUCAAAUGAACAU